AUGGUGAAAUUUACGGUAGAUGAGUUGCGUCGGAUGAUGGAUUUUAAGCGGAAUAUCCGCAAUAUGUCCGUUAUAGCACACGUAGAUCAUGGGAAGUCCACACUUACAGAUUCACUUGUAUGCAAGGCCGGCAUUAUUGCUGAUUCACGCGCUGGAGAUGCUCGGUUUACAGACACUCGGAAAGAUGAACAGGAAAGGUGCAUCACUAUCAAAUCAACAGCCAUCAGCUUAUAUUAUGAAAUGCCUGAUGAAGAUGUCCAGUGCGUAAAAGCAAUUCAACCCAUCGCUGUUAACUCAGAAGGAAAAGAAGAAAAAGGGUUUCUCAUAAACCUCAUAGAUUCACCGGGGCACGUCGAUUUCUCUUCAGAAGUCACUGCAGCCCUUCGUGUAACAGAUGGAGCUCUUGUCGUAGUUGAUUGUGUAUCAGGUGUCUGUGUACAAACCGAAACGGUUUUACGUCAGGCUCUCACAGAACGAAUCAAACCAGUAUUAUUCAUGAAUAAGAUGGAUAUGGCAGUCACAACUCUGAACUGUGACAUGGAAGAACUUUAUCAAAAGUUCCAGAGAGUGAUCGAAAACGUCAACGUCAUAAUUUCAGAGUUUGAAACAUCUAAUAGCACAAUGGGUGAUCUGGCGUUAGAUGUUGUGAAAGGAACUGUAGGUUUCGGUUCGGGUUUGCAAAGUUGGGCGUUCACAUUGAUGACAUUUGCUAGACUUUACUCAAGCAAAUUCGGAAUUGAACCAAGUGUAUUGGUUAAACGUUUUUGGGGUGAUAACUUCUACAACGUUAAAACAAAAAAGUGGACCAAAGAAAAACCAGCUUCUGACGGCGUUCGUGGAUUUAACCAGUUUAUACUGUCACCAAUCUACAAGGUUUUCGAUACUAUCAUGAAGAAAAGUAAGGACGAACAAGUCGAAUUACUAACGAAGAUGGGUGUAACGCUAAAUGAAACUGAAAUGUCUCUUCCUGACAAGCAACGACUGAAAACAGCAUUACAUAAGUGGCUUCCUGCUGGCGACUCGCUCCUGCAAAUGAUAUGCAUUCAUCUUCCUAGUCCUGUCACUUCACAGCAGUACAGAGUAGAAAUGCUUUACGAAGGACCUAUGGAAGAUGAAGCAGCUAUUGCAAUGAAAAACUGCGAUCAGAAUGGUCCAGUCAUGAUGUACAUUAGUAAAAUGGUACCGACUUCAGAUAAAGGUAGGUUUUAUGCAUUUGGUCGUGUGUUCUCUGGUACAAUUGGGACAGGACAAAAAGUAAGAAUAACUGGUCCCAACUACGUUCCAGGGAAAAAAGAGGAUCUUUACGAAAAGUCUAUUCAACGAACUGUACUUAUGAUGGGUCGUUACACAGAAGCGAUUGAGAAUGUUCCGUGUGGAAACAUCUGUGGGUUAGUAGGGGUGGAUCAGUUUAUUGUCAAAACUGGCACCAUUACAACAUUUGCAGGGGCUCAUAACUUGAAGCAAAUGAAAUUUAGUGUCAGUCCUGUAGUCCGCGUUGCAGUUGAAUGUCAAAAUCCUGCUGAUUUGCCAAAACUUCUUGAAGGCUUGAACCGUCUUUCCAAAAGUGAUCCCAUGGUCCAAAUAACGCAGGAGGAGUCGGGUGAACACAUCGUCGCAGGUGCUGGUGAGCUGCAUCUUGAAAUUUGCCUCAAGGAUCUCAAGGAAGAUCAUGCGUGCAUUCCUUUAAAAAUAAGUAAUCCCGUAGUUUCAUAUCGCGAGACAGUAACGGAGGAGUCAAAUCAAACAUGUCUGUCGAAAUCCCCUAACAAACAUAAUCGUCUGUAUAUGCGUGCCUUACCUUUAUCAGAAGAAUUAGCACAGGACAUUGAUGACGGAAAAAUCACUGCUAAUCAAGACGUAAAAGAUCGUUCUCGUUAUCUAAUAGACAACUACGGAUGGGAUGCUACAGAAGCUAGAAAGUUAUGGUGCUUUGGUCCAGAGAACACAGGACCUAAUGUUGUGGUCGAUACCACUAAGGCAGUUCAAUAUUUAAAUGAAAUAAAAGAUAGCGUUGUCGCUGCGUUCCAGUGGGCAACUAAAGAAGGUGUUCUUUGUCAAGAACACAUGCGUGGAGUCCGUUUCAAUCUCAUAGAUGUAGUACUGCAUGCAGAUGCUAUCCACCGUGGAGGUAAUCAAAUCAUAGGUACAGCACGUCGAUGUUUCUAUGCCUCUGUUCUUACUGCCAAACCAUGCUUACUAGAACCAGUUUAUCUGGUAGAAAUCCAAGGACCAGCCACUGCUAUGGGAGGCAUCUACAGUACUUUGAAUCGCAAAAGGGCCAUCACACUUUCAGAAGAACGAAAAACUGAUAGUCCAAUGUGUAUUACCAAAGCUUAUAUGCCGGUUAAUGAAUCUUUCGGCUUCACGACUGAUCUUCGUGCUGCAACUGGCGGGCAAGCUUUUCCUCAGUGUGUCUUCGACCACUGGCAAAUUUAUCCUGGUGAUCCUCUCGACGAAAACUCAAAGCCUGGACAGGUAGUUGUGGAGGCGCGAAAACGUAAGGCUCUAAAAGCAGGCGUUCCUCCCUUAGAUAACUUCUUGGAUAAACUAUAA